CUGCCGGGACAGCAGGCAGGUGGAGGAAGCCAGUCCCGCCUCCACCCGCCUCCACCCAGGGGCUGUCUGAACUGUACCAGUGCACCGCAGGGUCCCCGCUCUGACGUGCAGGGACUGGGGAGCUAUAGGCCUCCUCCCCCGCCCGGGUGGCCCGGGUCUCCAGCCCCGCCCCGCCCCGCCCCGGGCUUGGGGCUCAGCUGGGGAGCUGGCCGAGCUGAGGGUGCCGAGGUGUCGCGGCCAGGAGCAUGGCAAAGGUCCGGGAGCUGGAGGACGCCUUCCUGCAAGCUCAACCUUCGCCCCAACUCUCCCCCGAGAUCCAGGAGGCGUGUUGUGUGCAGCUCCUGGACAAGGACUUGCUCGUCUACCCGGAGGAAAGAGCCUACCUGGUGGCUGAAGCGCAGCCUCGGGGCGAGCUGGGCAGCCUGGAGAAAGGGGAAGACCCGGAGCUGCUGGGGGGAAUUAAAUCAGAAAUGCAUUUAAGCAACGGUAACUUUUCUUCUGAAGAAGAGGAUGCAGAUAACCACGACAGCAAAACAAAAGCAACCGAUCAACACGUCUCUCAGAAGAAAACCAUCACGCAGAUUAUGAAGGAUAAAAAGAAGCAGACUCAGCUCACGCUGCAGUGGCUUGAAGAGAAUUACAUUGUGUGUGAAGGAGUUUGCUUACCUCGGUGCAUCCUAUAUGCACACUAUUUAGAUUUCUGCAGGAAAGAGAAACUAGAGCCAGCUUGCGCUGCCACCUUUGGAAAGACAAUUCGCCAGAAAUUUCCCCUCCUAACCACACGGCGGCUUGGAACAAGAGGCCAUUCAAAGUAUCAUUACUAUGGAAUUGGAAUCAAAGAGAGCAGUGCAUAUUACCACUCCGUUUAUUCUGGAAAGGGCCUGACAAGGUUUUCUGGGAGCAAGCUGAAGAAUGAGGGUGGUUUCACCCGUAAAUAUUCACUUAGUUCAAAAACAGGAACACUUCUUCCAGAAUUCCCCAGCGCUCAACACCUUGUGUACCAAGGAUGCAUUUCGAAGGACAAGGUUGAUACUCUCAUAAUGAUGUACAAAACUCACUGCCAGUGUAUCCUGGACAAUGCAAUUAAUGGAAACUUUGAGGAGAUCCAGCACUUCUUAUUACACUUUUGGCAAGGAAUGCCUGAUCACCUUCUUCCCCUGCUUGAAAAUCCUGUUAUCAUUGACAUAUUCUGUGUUUGUGACUCAAUUCUUUAUAAGGUUCUUACAGAUGUUCUCAUUCCUGCAACAAUGCAAGAAAUGCCUGAAAGCUUACUAGCAGAUAUAAGAAAUUUUGCUAAAAAUUGGGAACAGUGGGUUGUUUCAUCCUUGGAAAACUUGCCAGAAGCCCUAACUGACAAGAAAAUACCCAUUGUGCGAAGAUUUGUAUCUUCUCUGAAGCGACAAACAUCUUUUUUACAUCUUGCUCAGAUUGCAAGACCAGCUCUCUUUGACCAGCAUGUUGUGAAUUCUAUGAUAUCUGAUAUUGAAAAGGUUGACUUGAAUAGUAUUGGAUCUCAGGCCCUUCUUACCAUUUCUGGUAGCGCAGACACUGAAUCUGAUAUCUAUAGUGAACAAGACUCUGUCAUUGUGUUCCAAGAACUGAAGGAUCUCCUUAAGAAGAAUGCCACUGUGGAGGCUUUUAUUGAAUGGUUGGAUACAGUAGUAGAACAGAGAGUUAUUAAGACCAGCAAACAAAAUGGAAGAUCAUUAAAGAAGAGGGCCCAGGACUUUUUGCUGAAGUGGAGCUUUCUUGGUGCUCGAGUCAUGCAUAACCUCACCUUGAACAAUGCAUCCAGUUUUGGUUCAUUCCAUUUGAUCCGAAUGCUUCUCGAUGAAUACAUUCUCCUGGCCAUGGAGACCCAGUUUAAUAAUGACAAAGAGCAGGAGUUACAGAAUUUAUUGGACAAGUAUAUGAAGAAUUCAGAUGCAAGUAAAGCUGCCUUCACUGCCUCGCCAAGCUCAUGCUUUCUGGCCAAUCGGAAUAAAGGAAGCUCUGUUUCCAGUGACACUGUGAAGAAUGAAAGCCAUGUGGACACAGCCUGCCUUCCUCUGCCAUCCAGUCACCCUGGAGCCCUACCCCCUGCUCUUCACCCCUUCCCUGCUGGAAACACAGAUAAUAUGCCACUCACAGGUCAAAUGGAGCUUUCACAGGGUACUGGACAUUUGAUGACACCACCUAUUUCUCCAGCCAUGGCCAGUCGAGGAAGUGUCAUUAACCAAGGGCCAAUGGCAGGGAGACCCCCAAGUGUGGGCCCGGUACUCUCAGUUGCAUCACAUUGCUCAACAUACCCAGAGACCAUUUAUCCUACUCUCUCUCAAAACAACCAUGACUUUUAUGGGGCCAACUCUAACUAUCAGACUGUGUUUAGGGCACAGCCCCACCCCACACCAGGACUCUAUCCUCAUCGUGCUGAGCAUGGUCGAUGCAUGGCCUGGACUGAACAGCAGCUUUCUAGAGACUUUUUCAGUGGCAGCUGUGCUGGGUCUCCAUAUAAUUCUCGGCCACCUUCCAGCUAUGGACCAUCCUCACAUGCCCAAGAUUCACAUAGUAUGCAGUUUUUUAAUACAGGAAGCUUCAAUUUCCUGAACAACACAGGGGCUGCCAGCUGCCAAGGAGCAACAUUGCCUUCUAAUUCACCUAAUGGCUACUACGGAAGCAAUAUAAACUACCCAGAGUCUCAUAGGCUCGGGUCAAUGGUGAAUCAACACGUUUCUGUCAUCAGCAGCAUCCGCUCACUCCCUCCAUACAGUGACAUCCAUGACCCACUUAACAUUUUAGAUGACAGCAGUAGAAAGCAGACCAGUUCGUUCUAUGCAGAUGCAUCAUCUCCAGCUGCCUGUCGGACUCCAGUAGUAGCUUCCAACUUGCAAACCCCAAUUCCUUCUUCUUCAUCCCAGUGUAUGUAUGGAACUUCCAAUCAGUAUCCAGCGCAAGAAACCUUGGACUCCCAUGGAGCAAGCAGUAGAGAAAUGGUGUCAUCUUUGCCACCCAUCAACACUGUGUUUAUGGGAACAGCAGCUGGAGGCACUUAAAUUGAUAAUGUUGGGUGGGAUUGAAACUAAAAAUCUCUACUGUGCAGAUAUCAUUAUUCACUCAGUCUACAAUAAGAAUAAACAAAAUGGAGCAGGCAGUGACUGGACACUGUUUUUCAAGUCACUGGUAUUUGGAUAACUCCAAAGUGAUUGGACAUUCUUGCAUAGUUUGCCUUGCACACAAAUAGUUUUAAAUGUGAUCUCAUUAUUAAUCAUAGUUUACAACAUUAUUAAAUGAAACCAGUGGAGAAUUGAACAUGCAAACAUUUCAACUAUGAAGAUUUAAUAUUUCACUUUCUAAUUUAUUGAGAAUCUUUAUGCUCCUACAUUUUUGGUUUCUAAAAAAGAGAAAAGUAUAUUUAAUGCCUUUACAAUACCUUUAAUUUAUUAGGAUCUCAGAAUCAUUGUUUACUAUUCCCUUAUUUGACAAACAGUCAAAUAUAUAUGUUCUACCUCCUAUGGAAAUGUUUACGACAUCAAGACUUAAUUCAAUUCAGCCUAGACCAAAGUCGCUUGACCUUUAAUUCCUCUGCAUUAGUGAUGAUUUCUGUUACAUAGCAGUAUUCCAAUUAUAUGUAACUGAAUAGAGAUGAUAAAUGCUUACUCUUCUUUUCAAAAAGACAAGAAAUAAAAGAAAUAAUGGAUGGAAACAUU